UACUUAAUGUUGAAGGUCCGCUUACAGGCUGCCACAAUUAAUCACCCUGCUGAAGGUUCAAGCACACGCUCACUGUUGCCAAAACUAAAAGAUCGGCCAGCGCUAAACAUGGGAGAGGAGGCAUAUUUUGACCUGUUUUUUGACAACAACAACACCGACAACAUCUCUGAGGGGUCUGCAGACUUUGAACUAACCAUCCAAGAGCCAUGUGGUCAAUUACUCGGCACCAACUUCAACAAAAUCUUCCUCCCUACGGUUUAUGGAAUAAUAUUUACCCUGGGGAUUGUAGGCAAUGGACUGGUAGUUGCUGUGAUGGGCUACCAGGGGAAGGUCAAAACCAUGACGGAUAAAUACCGGCUCCAUCUCUCAGUGGCUGACCUUCUGUUCGUCCUCACUCUGCCCUUCUGGGCUGUGGACGCUGUCAAAACCUGGUACUUCGGAAGCUUCCUCUGCGUGUCAGUGCACAUGAUCUACACGGUGAACCUGUACAGCAGCGUCCUGAUCCUGGCAUUCAUCAGCUUGGACAGGUACCUGGCGAUUGUCCAUGCCACCAACAGUCAGGGCAAGAGAAAGCUGCUUGCAAACAGAGUGAUCUAUGUUGGAGUGUGGCUGCCUGCCGCCAUCCUCACUGUACCUGAUCUGGUGUUUGCUCGUGUCAAGGAUGUGAACUCCUCCAACUACCUCUUCAAGGAGGACAGCAUGGAGAGUACUAACUCCAGAACCAUCUGUCAGCGCAUCUACCCAGUAGAAAGCAGUCUGUUAUGGACAGUGGUUUUCCGCUUCCAGCACAUCCUGGUGGGUUUCGUCCUGCCCGGACUGGUUAUCCUCAUCUGUUACUGCAUCAUCAUCUCCAGGCUCUCCCAAGGUUCAAAGAGCCAGGUGCUGAAGAAGAAAGCUCUGAAAACCACAGUGAUCCUCAUCGUUUGCUUCUUUGGGUGUUGGCUGCCGUACUGCAUUGGCAUCUUUUUGGAUACCCUUCUAAUGCUGGAUGUCGUGCCCACUACCUGCGCGCUGCAGCAGGCAGUGGAGACAUGGAUCUCCAUCACCGAAGCGUUGGCCUAUUUCCACUGCUGCCUGAACCCUAUCCUCUAUGCCUUCCUGGGGGUGAAGUUUAAGAAAAGUGCUUUAAGCACCCUCACAAGCAGCAGCAGAUCAAGCCAGAAAACAAGUCUCAUGACCAAAAAGCGAGGGCAGAUUUCUUCUGUGUCUACAGAAUCGGAGUCUUCCAGUGUUUUGUCGAGUUAACCGACACUUAAUGUUGGGAGUUCUUCACUUUAUACUCUCAGGAGAGACUAAAAAACCCUAAGCUUUAUUUUGAAAGAACUUACUACAUUUUGUAAAUAUGUAAAAAAGAAGAGGUUUUUUUUAUGCUUUGGCUUUUGUAAGCCUUGAAAACUGCAAUUGUGUGUUUUUGUUACAUUUUUUUUUUAAAUGGUUGGCUCCUUAAGUAGCAUUGUGUCCUGAAGCAGGGUCUCUUUUCCAUUAAAAAUCUUAGUUACUAUCCUUGCAGACUGUGAUGCCCCGCCGAGGUUAUGUUUCAUUUUUCUUAACUUUUUUUUUUAUUCACUGGUAGCUGCUUUUGGAAACCUUGUACAUAAUGUUAUUUGUAGCAUUUUUUUGUUUUUGUUCGCACUUAAGUUGUGUGAAUAAAUGAAAGCUAUAAUUUAUUGCUGUCGUUUACACUGGGCUUAUGCUUGAUUUAUGAAAGUUGCUUUUUGUACCUGUUUUUUUGUACUGUAAAAAUAAAAGUGCCCUGUACU